AUUGUCUAUGGGCGCGGCAUCACAUCACAAACUAUCAUAUUAGUCCAUUGUUUUUCGUUGUUGGUUAAUGUUCAUUUGCUGCUACAUAGUCUCUGGUUCUCUAUCUGCGUUCUUGUUCACAGGUUUGUAGCGGCGUGCAGCGAGUGAGGGUAUUUGUGCUACUCGGAGUGACUGGUCAGACCAGGGGGAAAACGGGACCGGAGCUGUUCUGUUUUUUUUUCUUCUGACAUUGUUCAUAAUUUUCAUCAUUCCUUUGAGGAAUAAACUCAAUUGAAAGACUUCAGAAGGGUACUUGUGCGUUCAUCAACACGGCAUACAGGUGUUCCAACAAUCCUCACCAUGGAGGCCAUUGCCAAAUACGAUUUCAAAGCCACUGCAGAUGAUGAGUUGAGUUUUAAACGUGGAGAAACGUUGAAGGUUUUGAAUGAAGAAUGCGACCAGAACUGGUACAAGGCAGAGCUGAAUGGGAAGGAAGGCUUCAUCCCCAAGAACUACAUUGAAAUGAAGGGACACCCGUGGUUCUAUGGUAAGAUCCCCCGGGCGAAGGCAGAGGAGAUGCUGAACAAACAAAGGCAUGAUGGGGCCUUCCUCAUCCGAGAGUCGGAGAGCGCACCGGGCGACUUCUCCCUCUCUGUCAAGUUUGGUAAUGACGUGCAGCACUUCAAGGUCCUGCGUGACGGGGCUGGGAAGUACUUCCUGUGGGUGGUCAAGUUCAACUCUCUCAACUCCCUGGUGGACUACCACCGUUCCACCUCUGUGUCCCGCAACCAGCCCAUCUUCCUCAGGGACAUCGAGCAGGUCCCACAGCAUUCAACGUACGUACAGGCGCUGUUUGACUUUGACCCUCAGGAGGACGGCGAGCUGGGCUUCCGACGCGGCGACUUCAUCCAGGUCCUGGACAACUCCGACCCCAACUGGUGGAAAGGCGCUUGCCACGGCCAGACGGGCAUGUUCCCGCGCAACUACGUCACGCCAGUCAACCAAAACAUGUGAUCAUGUCACGUCCGUCAACCAAAACAUUUGACUGGCUAAAUGAAUAAUGACAUGGUCCCCCCCAUUGGCCCAUUUACACCCCCUCAGGACUUUGAGGGACACUUCAGAAACACAGACCUAAAUGAGGAAUGGAAGAAUGGGAAGUGGAGCAAAAACCCUGCAAAGACCGAGCGAGAGGCAGAUUUCAUUACUCAGACUCUACAGUUGACUGUGGAUUCUUUGAUGCAAUGAGGGAGACACACGGAACAGAGAUGCAUUGCAAAGUAACCUAAGUUGGAGUAAAAAAACAAACACAAGGGAUCCGGCUAUAGCUCGACUCCGGCGUCGGCCUCCCUUCCUAUACCUUCUUUGUUUUCUUUCUUUACGCAUGACAUCACCAUUCUAUGUUUCAGUCUAUUAGACAAAGACAAUGAAGAAGAUGUCAGAGACCAAAGACUCUUGUCUUGUGUGUUAUUCAUAUCAACCCAGCUUUGGGCUCUCCGAGAAGGACCAUGGACUGGAGAGAAAUUCUAUUGUUAUCGAUGUGUAUGUAUAUCUAUAAAUAUUUGUAGUUUGAGCCUGUUUUAGUGUGGGGGUUUUUCCAUUAAUUUACUUGAUUUCUUCCCUAUUUGUAGGCCUACAUAUUGUCGUUUUCUAGGAUCAUAUUAAUUUGGUACCAAAUGGAAGGAAACAGAUCCAAACAGAGAUUGAACUACCUGAACGGAAUAAGAAACACUAAUUGUAGUUUUUCGUAGCAAAACGUUUUGUUACGUUUUGAAACUGUGUGCACUAAUUAAUAUGACCCAGAUCAUGCACAGAGUCUCUGAGACAAGAAGCUAAAUGUUUUUUAUGUGAUCGGGAGUUAUUCAAUACAGGACUAAAUUUAAGGUGGAAAUCUAAUUUGGAAAAUGAUUUCUACUUUGUUCUGGUAUGAAAGCGGAAGCGCGGCUAUCAGCUGGAACAAAUUGUGUCCUUUUUUACCCGUUUAGACAUGUAGGCGCUUUCUGCAUUCUUAAAUGUAGCCAUCUUUCUCAAUCAAAUCAGAGACAAUGGUAUAGAGUUUUUUUAUGUCCAUCCGCAAUCAAUAGACUUAACUGAUGAUGGGGCUGAUUCGAUAUGACCUAAAUGUAGCUAAAUUGGGUUGAACGGGUUCUUUAUGGAGAUUGCUAGUGGUUGACUGGGUUGAAACGGCAGUAUCCUUAUCAUUAGUUCUAUGAAAGAAGGUGUUGAAUAGUGUACAGAUGAGCGCGCUACACUCACUGAUUUCACCCUGCGUUUGUGGAAGUUGGGUAGUGCCUUUUCCAUCUCUGGUGUUUUUUGUCUCUCCAGAUUGACCAAUGAGUGCUUUUUAAGCAGCAGAUCGCAGAGAUACGGUGACCAAUACAAUGUCUCCAUUCUCCACACAUGCCGGCAAUUGGUUAGGAGCUACCUUAUGGAAACCCCAGUCUGAAUCUCUAAACCCGUCUCAGCUUUGCAGUCUCUUCUGUCUCACUUUCAAGUAUGAAAAUUCGAUGAAAGAGAAACAUGUUUUGUGCCAGAGGGUGUUAUGUAGUGUUUCCCUUGAGACAUGACUAAAUGGUUUGAUGUAAAUGUGCAGUGUGGAUCUAUGUUUAACAGAAGGACAUGCGUAUGACAGUCUUGUUUUGUCUGAUUAUGGGACGUAUCAAAAGGGCUUUUGGAAUUCUAUGCGAUUAGAUGCAAACACAUGAUCUGUCGGUUUGGUUGUGUCUAAAGGGGGACAUUUUUGCUAGCGGGCGAAAAGAAGUCACAGAAAAGGUAGUUUAGCAUUUCCUGAAAGAGGGGACAUAAAGUGCUUGAUCUGGGCAACAUCUUCAGUAUCUAUCCUUCAGUCAGUGUCUGCAUGUGACAGAGGCAGAAUGGAAUCCUCCAUCUUGAUAAAAAGAUUAAAGGACCAAUGAUGCUGACAAACUGACUGUAGAUCAGGACGACAAGCGCAACGGGUGGGGUCAUUGACCUCUAUUGAGCUUUGUGUCCACAACUCUCUACUUUGGACCUUUUUGAGAAUCUUGAGGAGGACCUCAAAUGCAAGGAAUUUCAUAUUAUCUUUCCUCCACUCUGCUUGUUAUUCCCUAUCUACACUCAUUGAUUUGAAAAACUACUCGAAUAUGCUUUAUGGUUUGUUGAAGUAAAAUGGCUGAAAUACACAGAGGCAGGUCUGAAGGGAAUAUGCAGGGAGUGGACCAUGCAAGUUUUUUCAAUUGUAUUUCUAGCCUGCAAUGAACUGCAAUGAGCCAUUCCAAUGACCUGAUACUACGAUUGACUUGCAGGUGUUUGAAAAAGCCCCCCCCCCCCAUUCAAAGUUCAAUAUGUCACAUUAUGUAAAAAAACAAAAAAAUUAAAAAACAAGUGUGACGCGUGUGUGUAUUUACUUCUUCAGGUGUGUCUGUAUUCUCAGCCAAUCAUAUGACAUGUAUGACCCUGAAGUUUUCCUGACCAUCUGAUCUGGAGUAUUUCCAAGUCGUGUCAUGUGUUCAGGGAAAAUUCCUGGACGUAGACCUUAUGCGAUUGCAAGGGUCAAUGUUUCUGCAGGUUUUAGAGUUGAGACUGGUAUCCUAUUGGUUGACUCUUAGCCUGGUUGAACCAGAUUGAACGCUGUGUUCAGCAUUCAGUCUGUUCUACCAGGUUAGUUGACACUACCAGACGGUGGAUUUCGCUGCUCUCAAGGGGCCUGAUAAAUAGUCCAAAAUGUUGAUGUCUAAUUACGCUGUCUCUAGGUUCCUGGACAGCCUUGCACUCUCCUGUGGUCAAUAUUUAAACUCUCCUCAGUCAAUCAGCCAUUCAUUAGUGUGAAGGUCGCUGGCAAGUGUACCAUUCAUUAGGCCGAGUUAAAUAAGACACCGCUGCACUCAGCACUCACUAUUGUUUCACUUCGGUGACAAUAGUCUCCAGUCUGCUACCAGUAUCCUUCUAUGGUUUAUUUCCUCGUUCACUCAAUUGCAGCCGUCUGACUCGCGUUAUUCCAGAGUGGUAUCAUACAGUGGUAGACAGACACCUAAGACGAUGUGAUUGUUUACAUUAUGCUGGAAAGUCUUUGUAUGUCUAUCUGACAUGGUUGCUUUUAUGUCAUUUCAUGAUGUGCACGUCUUAAACAUAUUUUUUUUUUUUUUUUUUUACAUUUCCGUUUUCAAACUGGAGGAUGAUGAUGUCCCCUGAUGUCUGUCACAGCAUUUGAUUUCCUUUGAACGUAGAUAGACGACGACUGAAUAAUAAAACUAUCACUAUGAAGAAGCUA